GCACAGCUGAUCUUAUUGAUAGUAGGCCAAAAGUGUAUCGUUUUGCGUCCACAGGAAGUUAUUUCCUGGAACCGGCUUUUUUUUCUCACUAAUUUUUUUCUGUGAUAAGGGAAAAAAUGGAAAUCAUUACUUUGACCAAUCAGUUCAACAAUAACGUGGGAGAGAGCGAAGUUGUGCUCGAUUCGGAGGUGCUGGCCGUCGAGGCGCUGGCGAAGCGGUUCGGGGACGAGCUGAAGAAGGCGAAAAGGGCGCACUUCGCCUGCGGCGAAGUGCUGCUGCCGGCGGACCUGACUAGAGCUCUGGCGAAGGACGUCUUGGCGAAGGCGGAGACGGAGCCCUGCGGCCUGAAGGGCUGCACGAUUUUCAUCAACUUCGAAAGCGGCGAAGAGAGAAGGAGGCUCAGUGUGGUCAACUGUGAUCCUUCGACGCCGACCACUUUCGAGCUUUAUUUGACGUUAAGACAGAACGUCAAUGGCUGGAAUCACUUCCUGCCGCAGUUUUUAAAGAAAAUGACGCGGAGCGGCACGGUCAUGAUUUCUUCCGAAUACGAUCUUCAGAAGAAGAAGUUGUACAGGUCGUACGACGACUAAUGCUUAUGUACCUUGAUGGAAGAAAAGACUGACUGCAUAAGUAUUCGAAUUUUCAUCAUUUCAUCGUUUUGUUGUGAUAUUAGGUGCGAUACGACGGCCUGGGGCCCCCCAUUCGCCACGACUAUCAGUAUUGUGGGCCCCAGACCGAGGAUCUUAGCGAUCUCACUUGUACUCGACUAGUUCUUAGUUAGCGUAGUUUGUAGGAUUUUUAUUGUUUCUCUACGACUAAAAUUGUGAUAGUACAGAUCCUGUACGGUUUUUAUAUUGUAAACUAUACGAUCACGUUAUUAUGUAAAAUAAAAAUGUUUACUAGAAAAUAUAUAAAUUUUAAACGUG